UCCUUGGGCUAGCUUUAACCCACAAUUACUCGCUGGUAGAAUGAGUUUAACAAUAAAACUGUAACAGAAUAAACUAAUUCGAAAUUUUUUUCGGUCCACCGGUUGCCUUAUCCUCAAUAAAGUAUCUCAGAACACGUUAUUGUUGCGUUCUGGCGGGAAGGGAGUGGGGGUCGUUGUUGGGGUUGGAGAAAGUAGGCACACACAGGACUAUUAGUUUGGAUCUAACGCGAGGAUAAGUAAGCGCGUUUUGUUAGAUCCCGCCUAACAUCAAGAGUAACCACGUUGCUGUUUUUGACACACGUAUUUUACUUUUAGUGAAAAGUUUAUCUCUAUCUAGUUUUUGAUCUAAAAUGAGCGGGCACAACACGAACGUAAUUUUAAGUUAUUUGGAUGAAUCUGACGAAGAAGACAAUUUAUCGAGUGAACCUGGUGCUGUGCGGGUUAAUGUGUCAGACUCUGAUGGACCAACGGAAGAUGGAGACCAUGACAGCGACACAGAACAGUCUGAAUAUGAAGAAGAACGCAACAACCAAGCUACGCCACUUCACGAAGAACGAAAUAACAUCAAAACUGUGGCGGCAAAAUGCUGCGUGUCAAGAGGACUCCUCAAACAGUACAUAGCUGCUGUGGCAGCAUGCUUCAGCGUUGUGAAUUCUUCAACAUGCUACGGAUGGACCACGCCCAUUCUGAACCAUCUCCUUGGACCUGACAGUGAGAUUCCUAUGACAAGGGAUCAAGCUUCUUGGGUCAUCUCUAGUAUAGAGCUUGGCAACCUGAUAUCCCCACUUCCAGCUGGAAUUCUGUCGAAAUACAUCGGGCGCAAGCCAGUCAUCCUAGCGACUGGACCUCUCUACAUCAUCAGCUGGCUGAUGGUCAUCUUCUACCCUUCAGUAACUAUGUUGGGAGCAGCUCGAGUUCUGCAGGGGUUCUCGAUGGGACUGACAUACACCGCUGCACCUGUCUACUUAGGCGAAAUCGCUGGCAAAUCGACCAGAGGAGCAGUGACAAGCAUAUUCUUCAAUUCGUGGUGGCUAGGUUUCGUUAUACAAUACUCAGUGGGCCCUUUUCUUAGCUUUUACAAUUGUAUCUACUUUACACUUGCUUUAAACAUACCUUUCAUUUUGUUAUUCUUCUGGCAACCUGAGAGUCCUUAUUAUUAUGUCAUGAGUGGAAAUAUUGAAAAAGCGCGCAAAUCAUUAGCUUGGUUCCGAGACACUUCAACUGAUGAGUUAAAGGAAGAGUUAGAAGAGAUCAAAUGGAGUGUUGAAGCCAACCAGAGAUCAGCUGGGCUACGUGAUAUAAUAGGAAUCCCAGAGGAAAGAAAAGCCCUAACCAUUCUGAUGUUGAUGACAGGAGGUAGAGUACUCUGUGGAACUGGAGUUAUCAAUGUUUAUGCCACUGAUAUUUUCGAUAUGACGCCUAACCUCUCUAUAUCAUCUGAUGUAGUAACUAUAGCAGUUGGUGUUGUAAUGCUAGCUGGAGGGAUCUUUAGUGCAUUCACCUCAGACUCCUUGGGAAGAAGACCCUUGCUGAUGCUGUCAUGCAUAGGCAUUUUCAUUUGUCAAUUUACCAAUGGAACAUACUAUUUACUUUUAUUUAAAACUUCUUUAGCUGUCUCUACGUUUAGUUGGAUCUCUCCAGUUUUAAUUCUGAUCAACUCCGGUUUAUGCACUGCGGGUUUGUAUCCUGUAUGUUCUCUGUACACUUCGGAACUGUUUAACCCCAAUACUAGAGGGAUUGUUUCCAGUAUUGCCGCCAUCACUGUUACUAUAUUUGCUUUCCUAAUGUUGAUAAUGUAUGAGACAGUAAAUAAUAAUUUUGGGUUAUAUGCCAAUUUUUAUUUUUACUCGCUCACCAUUUUAAUUGGAGGCAUUUACUUUUACUUCAACACUCCAGAAACUAAAGGAAAAUCUUUUGUCCAGAUCAGAAAGGAACUUCUCAAAAUUAAAGUCUGAAAUAUAUGAUCAUUUCUCUGUUUAGUAUAGUUUAUAUUUAAAAGUUACUCCUACUUAUUAUAUAUUUAUAAGUGUGUAUAUACUUUGUAUCUUAUAUACUUUGUGUUAUGUAUUGUAGAAUAUCUUUGCUCAUAAAUUCUUAACAUUUUCUCUAACACUUUGUUACUUAUUUAUAAUAUUCACAUUAAUAUUUAUGCCACUUUGCUUCUUCAUCAUUGCUUUUACUUUUUUUUAAAUGUGAAAGUUUUAUAUAUAUUUUGAAACCGAGUUUAAAUUUCUUAUACAAACCCCUCAAUUUAUUCUAGAUUAUCGUAUGUUUGUUUAUAUAUUUAAGUUAUAUAUAAGUUGCGAGACAAUAAUGGUUAAGAUAUUAUAUAAAGUUAGUAAAAUAAACCAUCUGGUAACAAACUGUCAGAUAUCAAGUCCAUACUGCCCAACUCCUUAUUAAAAAUCUCUUCUCUUGUAUAUACUUUUAAGUUUUCCAUUCAAGUAUAAACUGUUACCACAAUAGAAGAGUGUGUUCUCUAUAAUGUAUUUCUUUAACAGAAGCUAGGUUUAAUUUGCAGCCUUCGUUUUAAAUUUCAAUUGUUAAAUGUUUAUAUUUUGCCACAUUCCGUUAUGCAAAUCGAUACUAAAAACAUGAAUUCAGUAUUCAAAAAUAAUUGCACGAUCUUUGGGUUGUAGUUUAUUUAUUGAGGUACCGCGUGAGCUUAUUUAUUUAAAACAUUAAACGAUAAAAAAUAUUGUACAAAUGUACGAAAUGCUAACUAUUAGAAACUUUGUGAUAAAAGAGAUUUAACAAAGUCUGCUAAUCAGGGUGAUAUAAUGAGCGUGAAUUUAUCUAUAUACAUUUUUUAUAUUUUGCUUAGUUAUCACCAAGGGUUCUGGUGAAAUUCCUCUUCGGCCAGUCUGCCUUUAUGUAUGGGUGUAUGUUUUCCACUGGUAUCUCAAGAAUAAGUUGAGCCAGAGACUGAAAUUUCGAUGCAUUUUCAGCGAAGCCUGUUACACUCCUAUAUAAUAAAAUGUUUUAAAGAAUUUGUGUGUGUAUUAGUUUUAACAAAUUUAUAUUAAGAGAUUCCAGAGUGUUGUUUGUCUGCACGUAAUCAUUUUAUUUUUCCAAGCUAUUAGUAUCGUGUACGUGUAUUUCUUUAAAUUACUGAUAUUUUAUCUUAGAUUACACAGAAGUAAUUUUUGGCUCUUUCCUGUGAGCUAAAACGUUACAAAGAGGAAGAGUUUCACAACGAUAGAAAAGGCACUUUAUUAUGUUUUCAAUACUUUAAUUGUUUUCAUGAUUCAAAGGCAAUUAGCUUCUAGUAAAUUAGUAAAACUCCAAAUUUACCAUUCAAUUGUCGAUUUGUAUAAAUUAAUACCACGGUCUAGUAGCAGUUAUGAAAGAUUCACCUAGCUCAAUUAUACACUUUUACAUGUAUUUGUAUAAACAUAAUUAUGACAUUUAAUAUAAUUAUAUCACGGUAGGAAAGAUAAAGUUUGCUAUUAAAGAAUAUAACUUAUUCUGUUCAACCUAUGCCCGAUAACAAUAAAACAAAUAUAUAAAUAUCGUUUAUUUCAUUUA